UGGAGGCUACUGGAGGUUUCUGGAGCUUUGAGUGAUGUUGUCAGGUCGACUGGCACUGGUGACUGGUGGCGGCUCCGGCAUCGGCCGGGCCGUCUGCCAGGUGAUGGCUCGAGAGGGCGCCCGCGUCGUGGCCGCCGACCUCAACGAGGCCUCCGCCAAGGAGACGGCCGCGCUGCUGGCGAGCGCCGAGCACGUGGGCGUGCCGCUGGACGUGACGAGCGAGGAGUCGGUGGCGGCCGUGGUGCGCGGCGUGCGGGACCGCUACGGCGCGCCGGCAGACUGCGUCGUCAACAGCGCUGGAAUCACCGGCUUCAGCUUCCUGAAAGACAUGUCUCUGGAAACGUUUUCACACGUGAUCGACGUGAACCUGAAGGGGACGUUCCUUGUUACCAAGCUCGCCUCCAACGCUAUGAUCGAGGCCAAAACGGGAGGCUCCAUCACCAACAUGGCAAGCAUCCUGGGUAAGAUAGGAGCUAUCAGCCAGUGCAACUACUCUGCUAGCAAGGCCGGAGUGGAAGCCUUCACGCGGACGGCCGCCAAAGAGCUCGGCCGAAAAGGGAUCCGGUGCAACGCCAUUCUUCCGGGCUACAUCGACACGCCGAUGACAUCGAUCGCCUCGGACAAAAUAAUCAAAAUGGUGAUGCCGCUGAUCAUCCUGGCCCGGAAAGGGCGGCCUGAGGAGGUGGCCGAGCUAGCCGCCUUCCUGGCCUCUGACCGCGCCUCCUACAUGACCGGAGCCAGUGUCGAGGUUACCGGCGGAUACGGCCUGUAGGGAUAACGGGGAUGUCUGACAAUUUGUGCCAUAGUGAGGGAUAGAUAAAGUAUUUUUACGAAUUAUUGAAUCGGUAAUCGGUAUUUUGACAGAUGUCAGUUGUCUUCCUGGUGAAAGUGAUAAAGAACAAUGCAAUUUGUCAAAACUCAGGAACGGCUGGAUCGCAGAAUAAUCGCUAUGUGUAUUUUUAGGCUAGUUGUGUAUCAUGAAUGAUGAU